ACGUUCAGCGAUUGGUCGAACACGAAGCUUCUCGUCUUGCUUCUCGUGUUGUGCUUCGAUUUUCUAAUGUUUAUACUUGUGGGCUGAUGAACUUUUGGUGAAUUUCAGCCAGAUUUUUAGACUAAAGAGUUGCAUAAAUUAGAAAAAUACAAGAAAAAUCGAGAGAAGUUCAUUUGAGUUUCAAGAUUUCUCGAUAAAUCCAGAGGUUCCGUUAUGUCUCUUCGUACGUAUGGUGACAAGCCUAUAAGCUUCCAAGUGGAAGAAAAUGGCGAGUUCUUUUGCAUUGGAUCAGAGGUUGGCAAUUAUUUGCGCCUCUUCAGAGGUUCUCUGUACAAAAAGUACCCUGGGAUGUACAGGAGGACUAUAUCUAAUGACGAGAGAAAAAAGUUGAUUGAAUUAGGUCUUAGCCAGCACGUCUUGGCAUCCAGUGUUUCUCUUCUCAAAGCCAGUGAAGUUGAAGACAUAAUCGAAGGAAAUGAUGAAAAAUACAAGGCAGUUUCCGUUCAUUCGUCAGCUGAGCCUCCGACACCAAGGGAAAAUAAAACUCGUAAGAGCACAAACUGGGCACCGGCCCUGCCAAACAGCUCUCAUUUGGACGCUGUGCCGCAAGCCACUCCAAUCAACCGAAACAGAGUCAACAACAAAAAAGUCAGAACUUUCCCUCUCUGUUUCGAUGAUACAGACCCCAACUCGAUCUACGAAAAUGCUUGCCAGUCGGAGCUGCUUGUUCCAGUCAGAUUGGACAUGGAAAUCGAAGGGCAGAAAUUGAGAGACACCUUUACCUGGAACAAAAAUGAAUCUGUUAUCACACCAGAGCAAUUCGCUGAAAUUUUAUGCGACGACUUGGACUUGAAUCCAAUUGCUUUUGUACCUGCUGUGGCCCAGGCCAUCAGGCAGCAGAUCGACGCUUUUCCAGCAGAACAACCUAUUUUAACGGAGCACCCAGACCAGCGAGUUCUGAUUAAGCUGAACAUUCAUGUUGGAAACACGUCAUUGGUGGACCAAGUGGAAUGGGACAUGAGCGAAAAGGACAACAACCCUGAGACCUUUGCCAUGAAAUUGUGCGCCGAGCUGGGCCUGGGGGGUGAAUUUGUGACUGCAAUUGCGUACAGCAUCCGCGGCCAACUGAGUUGGCACCAGCGCACCUACGCCUUCAGCGAAGCCCCUCUCAGCACCGUCGACGCCCCUUUCAGGUCGCAGUCUGACGCAGACCAAUGGUCACCCUUCCUGGAGACCCUGACUGACGCUGAGAUGGAGAAGAAGAUCAGGGACCAGGACAGGAACACAAGGUCUGUGCGACGCAGGGCAACCAUGUGCCAACCCGGCCCCAGACGAGCAAACGUUUCGCUCCCCAGCUAUGUUCGCAAGUUUCUCUGAGGCGUAUGCGUCGUCUUGUCAACACGACCACCGGGUGGUAAUUUAUUUUCAUCUCAUUCCUUUAAGUAUACUCUGUGGAGGAAACAAUUUUACUUUGUCCUAUGGAUUUUGGUUUGCUAUUUGUAAAAGAAACAAAAUAAAUAUUAAAAUAGGA